CCCUUGACGUGCAAGUUGUCGUUUUAUUUUCAAUUCUUUUACUGUAAAAGUUAUGAAUUAAUUUGUAAUUCUAUCAAAAAAACAAACAUUUGUAAUUCUUUUUCAAUUAUCAAACCCGAAAAUACCAUAGAAUUUGCUCUUCUUUGGGAAAGCUUUUGCUACUGCAGAAAACGAAUCUCUCGGUAGUCGGGUCCUGAGAAGCUCGCUUGGAAUUAAUUAGAACCCUCCAAUCAAACGCUAUCUCCUCCUCAUGGGGUUGCCGGAAAACGUCAAUUUCGCUCGGAAUUUUGCAGUCAUGGUCAGAGUCCAAGGCCCUUUUUCGUAUAGGACCCGAAGGGCCUCAAAAUGCGAAAACACGCUUUCCACCAAUACCACUCUGGGAAGACGACGCUAUCAGCAUCCGGAAUGUUAUUGCCUGAUACCCUUUACGACUCUGCCAUUGCUAAGCAUCUUCUCGGUGAAAGAGAUCGAUCUCCUGUAUUGGUUGUAACUGUUGCAUCCAUUAUUGAACCAUUUCUCGCUCAGCAACAGAAAGAGAGCAUUUCCCAGGGCCGGCCCGAGUUGAUUACUGGUGUUCAAAUUGAUAUUAUGUCAGAGGAUAACAUGAGGUUGGAGAAGGACUCGCAAGAUUUUGAUGAAGGAGCUCCUCCUUGGCAUGCCAUGCAACUUCUAAAACUGAUUGAUGUUCCUGCAUCCUCCCUUGUACUCCAAUCUCUUAUUGAAGCUUCUGUAGGCUCCCUUGAGCAUGGAUGGGAGGUUGGAUGGUCUUUGGCUUCACAAAAUAAUGCUCCUCAGUCUUUUGUAGAUGUUAUUCAGUCACAGGUGCAUAUGGCAGAAGCCGACAGUUUAAGUCAUAUGAGCAAGUCAACAACUAGAAUUGCCGUUCUCGGAGCCUCUUUAUUUUCCAAGGAUGUGCCAAACAUCAAUAUAUCACCCUCCAAUAAAAGAGGGGAUUUUCUUCUGGCUGUAGGUUCUCCUUUUGGUGUUCUGUCACCUUUGCACUUCUUUAACAGUAUAUCAGUGGGAUCAAUUGCGAACUGCUAUCCAUCUAGUUCAUUGCUGAUGGCUGACAUUCGCUGUCUUCCUGGAACUGAAGGUGGUCCAGUUUUUGGUGAACAGGCACAACUUAUUGGUAUCUUGAUCAGACCAUUGAGGCAGAAGAUUACUGGUGCAGAAAUUCAGCUGGUGAUUCCGUGGGAAGCCAUUGCAAGUGCUUGCAGUGACUUGCUGCAGAAGGAGCCUAAUGCAGAAAAAGGGAUUUAUUAUGACAAGGAAAAAUUAACUGCUGUAGGGAAGGGAUUUUUACCAAAAAGCAUUGGCCCCAAUGGACCUGAUACCUCCAAUCAUAAUCACCUAACUUCUUUUUGCUCCUCCCCUUUACCAGUUGAGAAGGCCAUGGUUUCUAUUUGUCUUAUUACCAUUGAUGAUGGAAUAUGGGCUUCUGGCGUUUUGCUUAACAAUGAAGGCCUUUUACUUACAAAUGCUCACCUGUUGGAACCCUGGAGAUUUGGGAAAAGAGCGGAAAAUGAUGGAAGGUACGGAACCAAUACGGAGAUAAAUUCCUUUCCAUAUGAGGAAUCUACAUCCCUGGAGAAAAAAAGAAUUGGUAAGAGGGAGAAAAGUCAAGUGUUACCAAAGACUGUACAGACUGCAGUUUCUUUUGUGGGCAAUAAACUAAGUUCAUCUUACAGAGGUCUCAGAAAUAUACGUGUUCGCCUAGAUCACAUGGAUCCUUGGAUUUGGUGUAAUGCUAGAGUAGUCUAUGUUUGCAAAGGACCUCUGGAUGUUGCCCUACUGCAGCUUGAGUAUGUUCCAGAGCAGCUUUCUCCAAUCAUGGUGGAUCUUGCAUGUCCACCUUUAGGGUCCAAGGCACAUGUUAUUGGGCAUGGCCUAUUUGGACCUAGAUGCGGCCUUUUUCCAUCAGUUUGCUCCGGUGUAGUAGCAAAAGUGGUCAAAGCAAAGAUUCCUUUUUCCUACCAACUCGGUAAAGUUGGAAGUACUCAAGAACACUUACCCGUGAUGCUUGAAACAACAGCUGCUGUCCAUCCAGGUGGUAGUGGUGGUGCUGUUGUCAAUUUAAAUGGUCAUAUGAUUGGACUUGUUACAAGCAAUGCUAGGCAUGGGGGAGGUACAGUAAUUCCACAUCUGAACUUCAGCAUUCCCUGUUCUGCUUUGCUGCCCAUCUUCAUGUUCUCGAAAGACAUGCAAGAUCUUUCAUUACUACAAGUUCUUGACCAGACAAACAAACACCUUUCUUCGGUAUGGGCAUUGAUGCCACCACUAUCUCCGAAACCCCCUCCUUUGCCAAAUCUACCGCAGGCACUGCUGGAAGAUGAAAACAGAGAUGGGAAAGGAUCCCGUUUUGCCAAAUUUAUAGCUGAAAGACAGAAGUUCACAAAGCCUGUCCAACUUAGCAAGGCAGCAAAGCAGUUUAAUGAGAUUCUUCGUAGCAAGUUAUGACGGCCGUUUACACAUACUAACUUUACACAUCGGCACAAAAAAAAUAAUCCAGGAUUGGGUUGAAGCAUUUUCCUCUUCCUCGAAUUGAAUUUUGUAACUUUGUAAAGGGAAGUACUAGGCAUCCUGGAAAUAAACAUCUUGUAUACGUUUCUAAACUGCACUUUCUACAUUUUUCGUUUUUGUUGUAUGCGAUAUGUACAUGUAAUAACUUCAUUUUACCCCUUUGAACCAUGCUACUUUUGGUAUUGUCUUCUAA